AUGAUAUACGACGAGUGCGUGAAAAUCCGCGCACACGGGUUGCUAUACGUGAACAGAAAGUUCCACAACGACCUUAGGGCUCAUUUCAACAAGGAGGACUUUGUUCUCGGCUUUCACAUCGAUCCUUCCUCCUCCUCCACAACGGUCACCAUCAUCAACCCUGACAACUCCACCUGGGGCCGCCACAGUGUCCUCGAUGUUGCAACGCCGCACCCUGACUACAGCAUUCUCGAUUCGAUGCCCAUAGACCGAUUCAGGGGCAUUCGCAUCCUGAUCGACCCGCCAAACAUACACGAUCCAGGCCAAGUCGUUCGAGGCUGGCUGCAAUCCACCUCCCUAGUGACGGCUUUGCUCCCUCGAUGGGCGGACCCAGAGAAAAUCCCCGUCACCGAGGAAGACAUCGUCGUCCCAAAGUCACGAGUGUCGGCUCGAUUGCCCCCCAUCGCCAUCAAGGUUCGAGACGGCAAGACACACAAAUGGCACACUGGAGGGUCCUGGAACAGAACGCUCCCCGACAUUACCGCCUGGGAUCAAGUUCAGAGAAGAUUGGUUGACAAUGGGGAAAGCUUUUCAGACUUGGAACUUAUGCUGACACCGUUGGCACGCGUCCGAAAUACCGACGCCAUUUCAUUCGACCUGCCGUCCGGCGCACCUGUGGGUGGCUCCUGUGAGGACCUCCAGAACCGUCUCGUCGGUCUCGCCACCCGAAAGAAAUUGUUCGGCCUGGAGCGGUCCGAUUACCCGUCCAUCCCGGAGGGGUUCGAGGAACGAGAAGACGACGAUGACGACAUGCAGAUAGAUGAAGAUGGUCUUUACGUAUGGCUCGACUAUCUUCUCGACGAUAUGCGCGGGCCGUCGGCCGCGGCAUUGAGGCGUGACCGAUUCAAGUUCUGGUGCUCAGAGUAUGAUUACCAGAUGGGCCGGCGCAUUCACGGCACGAGGGCCGCCGACCAGUAUCUCUUUGGCGGCGCUCAGUGGGCCAUGAGCGCCGUUCUUUACGAGGCUAUCGAGAACAGCUUUCACGAUAGGUUCAUGAGUCUUCGCGAACACGAAAACGCCGCGUACAGAGACGUGCUUAGAAGGCACGGGCAGUCGGUCUACAUCCACGCGAAUAGAAUGACAGACAGGAACGUCCAUUCAGAAAAAGUAUACAUCCGCAGACUGGAGGAUCCAGAAUUGCGCAGUUGCCUGACGUUCUAG